UUAGAAGAUUUAAAUUCUAAAAUAAUAGCUUCGGAGAAACGCAGAAGAAAGAAUAGAAGUAAGCACAGAAGAAUCGUGAAGGCAACAAAGAUGGCGGGCGGUGGCGGAAAGGUGUCGUUCAAGGUGAUACUCACCUCUGAUCCCAAGCUUCCCUUCAAAGUGUUUAGCGUUCCAGAGGCUGCGCCUUUCACUGCCGUUCUCAAAUUCGCUGCCGAAGAAUUCAAAGUCCCUCCUCAGACCAGCGCUAUCAUCACCAACGAUGGUGUUGGCAUAAACCCUCAGCAGAGUGCAGGGAAUGUCUUUCUUAAGCAUGGAUCAGAACUGCGCCUGAUUCCCCGUGAUAGAGUUGGAGCUUCUUGCAUGUUACGGGGUGUGUGAGCGGAAAUCAAACCAUUUUAUUUAUAUAUACCUGUACUAUUGUAGUCUGAUAGUUAAACAUAUUAAGUACCAGUGUUACUGAUCUCAUAGAUUGGGAUCAAAGGGUAUCUUUAACUCAUAAGUUUAUUUGAAUAAUGAAAUAAGUUUUUGGGAGAUUUUUUGUAGUUAA